AUGCUAGGGCCCCCGGGGAGGGCGUGGCGACAGGGCGAGAAGGCUUCCCCUGAGGUCAGCACUGGCAGCUGCGGGCUGUCAGAGAGCCCAGGCGCCGAACCCCAUGGCCGGGGGGCUCGCCGCCUUCGCACGGCUUUCACGACCAAGCAGAUCAGCACUCUGGAGAGCUCCUUCAAACGCCACCACUACUUGGGCGCUGCUGAGAGGCGCAAACUUGCCGGCAAGAUGCAGCUGUCAGAAGUUCAGAUAAAAACCUGGUUCCAGAAUCGCCGAAUGAAGCUGAAGCGCCAGCUGCAGGAUUUGAGGCCCCCCGACCCGCCUCCAGGCUUCCCCCUCCAUCUCUACAGCCCCCUGCUUCUGCGCUCCGCACCAAUGCCGCCUCCAGGCCUGCCAUACGUGUACCCCAGUUCACCGCAGCUCCAAGUCCCCGGCCUUGUCCAGGAGCCCUUUGCUGGUGGCCUGGCCCUCCCACCUCUGCCCUUAUCCCCCAGCUCCUGCAAAGUAGCCCCUCCUGCCAUCCCGUCGGUGCUGGCCUGUCUGCUGAGCGGUUGCCCAGACCAGGCCUCCUUCCUGAGAGCAUUGUGA